GUGUUGAUAGCUGUGGUCCACCGAGGACAGAGAUGAAUGGAAAUGGUGUGAGGCUGUGUGCUGGUUGCAGAAAGAUGAGUGCCACCAGCCCUUUCCAUGGGAGCGGUUCCCUGACUAGCCGGAGCCACAGAUAAACAGAGAAGUCUGGAAUCCGAGAAUCCACGUGAAAAUUGAGAUAAAGCAAUUGGUUGUAAGCCUGUUCUCUGUAAAGGUUUGGAAGUUAACUCACAGGAGGGGGUAUGCCCAUGAUCUUGAAAGGUGAAUUGAAAUGUGCUAGUUGGGAAAGGAGAUUCUAGCAAAACCUUGAGCCAAAACUCAGAGAAUUCACCAAGCAGAAAUAGCUUUCCUCAAUGGAUUUGAAACAGAAUAACCUGAGACCUAAUGUGAAGGGCUACAAGUCAAGCAGUGCCAAGGCCAGUGACUCAGUGCACAGAAUGGCAGUUACUCCUGACGGGCCUGCUUUGUGCUCCACAACACGAAAAUCUCUAAGACCCUAUUCUUCACCAUGUCGAAUGUAUUCAAGGAGUUGUUACAACACGUCCAGACCUUCUUCUUCAACCACAGAGAUUGCGAAUCCAGUACUGUCCUUCUUAGAUAUUAAGCGGAUCUUAUUUGAAAAGAUUACGGACAGAGGGGAUGAGUUGAAAAGAGCCUUUCAACUGCUGGAUACUGGUCAGAACAUGACAGUGUCAAAGAGUGAACUGAAAAGAAUUAUCACUGUCUUCCUGCUGCCACUCACAAGGGAACAGUUCCGAGAUAUCCUGGCUCAGAUCCCCCUCACCAGCUCUGGUACUGUUUCAUACUCUGACUUCCUGAACAGGUUUGGAGGAAUUGACUUAAAUAUACAUGUUUUUAAAAGGGCAAGUGAGACUGAGAAUGAAAAGAAUUGCUGCCGGACAGUAAAAGAACUUGAAACCCAAGUAGGAGGAAAGCUUUUCAAAAACAUUAAAAUGGUUACCAAAGCCUUCAAGCUCAUUGAUGUUAACAAGACUGGCCUGAUUCAAGAAGGCGAUCUGAGGAGGAUCCUGGAUAUCUUCUGCAUGAAGAUGAAAGAUGAAGAAUACAAAAAGUUUGCAAAACACUACAACAUUGAUAAAGAUGCUGCAGUGAAUUACAAUGCUUUUAUGAAGGACCUCAGUACAAAUACUGCUUUGAACCUUAGAUAUUAUUUAGAAAAUCAAGAGGAUUCACUGGGAAAUCAACAAACCAAAUAUUCCAAAAAGGAGUAUCUCCCCAGUUCUGUCUCAUCUGAAGAUAUCUGGAAAAAUUACUCCUUAGAUGAAAUUAAGAAUAUUUUUUGCCAAGAGUUUUCGAAGUCCUAUGAACAUGUUGAAAAAGCCCUGAGUGCAGGGGACCCCACCAAAGGUGGCUUUAUAUCUUUGAAUUACCUGAAGAUUGUCCUUGACACCUUUGUGUACCGGCUACCAAGAAGAGUUUUUAUCCAGCUAAUGAGAAGAUUUGGACUUAGAACCACCAGUAGAAUCAAUUGGAAACACUUUCUGACAUUACUUAAAGAAUCCCAGUGGUUGGAAGUUAAUAAUGCCUUCCCUCUGGCAAAAAGAAAUAGCAUCAACUCUAGAAAUCAGUCCUACAAGGGAAACAUUAUCACUAAGUUAUUCAGUCACGGGGACCACUACGCAUCACUGAAGAAAGCACUGCUGAUUGCUAACGAUAAACCAGAUGGGUGUCUAACAACAGAAGAAUUGCGACAUAUUCUAAAUUGCAUGGUCAUCAAAAUAAGUGACUCAGAAUUCGAAGAAUUGUUGCGGACACUUGACCCCAGUGGCACUGGGAUGAUCAGUGUCAGCACAUUUGUUGGACUGCUCGAACAGGACCCCAAGAUGAGAAAAAUGUCCUAUCCAGACACCAAGGAGCCUCCCCCGAUGGCAUGGGAUUCAGUGGAAGAAAUCAUUCAUGAUACCAUUGCUAGGAACCGACAUGCUUUACGCGAAAUGCUACAGUCAUAUGACCCUGGAGCCACAGGGCUCAUUAGUCGAAAUAAUUUCAAGAAAGCCAUGCUCAUCUACUGCCCAUUUUUAACAGCUGAGCAUUUAAUAAAGCUCUACAGUAAGUUUCAAGAUGUUGCUUCAGGAAGAAUCCUUUAUAAGAAACUCUUGGCAUACAUUGGAAUUAAUAACCUGUCCAGCUCUCCAGCUCCUAUUCGCAAGGAUCCACUGGAGAAACGGCAGAUGCCAGAUCUUUCUGAGAGAACCAGACCUGCCAGUCACAAAAGCACAUUGACAAGGAGCAUGACCAUGGAUGAAGUUCUUGGCAAGCUCAAAACCUACAUACAGAAGCAGGACCCAGUAUUCAGAAGGCGAUUUCUUGACUACAGCAAGGAGCCCUGCAGCAAAAUUGGCAAGCAUGACUUCAGGAAGGUUCUGGAAGAUAACGGAAUGCCCAUGAAUAACGACCAGUAUGCUCUGCUGACUGCAAAAAUAGGAUAUAAAGCAGAAGGGAUGAGUUACUUGGAUCUUGCAACAAGAUUUGCAGAUAAUAAAAUCAGCGGGCCGGAAGUGACUUCAUUUCAUGCUCCACCUCCUUCAAAAACCAACCUGGACAGUUUCUUCAUAACAGCUGAGGAAUGCCUAAAACUUUUCCCUCGGAGACUGAAGGAAUAUUUCCGGGACCCCUACUCUGCCUUCUUUAAAAUAGACACUGACAGGGACGGCAUAAUUAACAUGCAUGAUCUUAACAGACUGCUCAGGCAGCUACUCAUCAAUCUCAAAGAUGAAGAGUUCGAGCGUUUCCUUCACCUCCUGGGCUUGAGACUUAGCAUGACUUUAAAUUUUCGGGAAUUUCAAGGUCUCUUUGAGAAGACACCCUUCAGAGCAGAUGACGCACCUCAAAGACUCAUUCGACCGAAACAGAAGGUUGCGGAUUCAGACCUAGCUUGUGAACAGGCUCAUCAGUAUCUUGCUACCAAAGCAAGAAACAGAUGGUCAGAUUUGUCUAAGAAUUUUCUAGAAACAGACAAUGAAGGCAAUGGCAUUCUUCGACGGCGGGAUAUAAAGAAUGCACUGUAUGGUUUUGAUAUCCCUCUCACACCAAGAGAAUUUGAAAAGCUUUGGACACGCUAUGACACCGAGGGAAGAGGGUACAUUACUUACCAGGAGUUCUUACAGAAGCUGGGGAUCAGCUACUCAGCAGAACUUCACCGGCCCUACAUGGAGGAUUAUUUCAACUUCAUGGGCCAUUUCACUAAGCCCCAGCAGUUACAGGAGGAGAUGAAGGAGCUGCAGCAGCACACUGACAAGGCUGUGCUGAUCAGGGAUAAGCUCAAGGAGCAUUACCAAGAUAUCAGCAAAGCACUCACCAAACAGGAUAAAUCGAAAGGCAGCUACAUCUCUGUCUGCAAGAUACUGAAAGUGCUGCAGGAAUGUGGUUGUCCCCUGAAGGAAGAGGAGCUGACCAACCUUCUCAAGAGUUGGGGAAUUGGCUGUCAUAAUAACACCGUCAACUACCUUGACUUCUUGAGAAUGUUAGAAAACAAGCCAGCCAAACCUCAAACGGCGGAAAAAGAAGAGAGUGUGCCAGUUGACUUCUCCAUGCUGAAUCCAGAUGACAUGCUGAAGAAUGUCCGGGAAGUGGUGGCCACCUCCAGUCUGGCUUUGGCCACGGCAUGUUUUGCGUUGGAUAAAGAGGACACUGGAUUUUUAAAGGCUUCAGAUUUUGGACAAGUUCUUAAAGAUUUCUGUUAUAAACUAUCAGAUAACCAGUAUCAUUAUUUUUUGAGAAAACUGAGACUUCAUCUAACCCCCUAUAUCAAUUGGAAAUAUUUUCUCCAGAAUUUCAACUCAUUCCUUGAAGAGAAUGCUGCUGAGUGGGCUGAGAAAAUGCCCAAAGGCCCACCACCACCUUCAUCCAAGGAAGUGGCAUUCCAUGAGAUCCUGGCACGACUCCACAAAGCGGUGACUGCCCACUACCAUGCCAUCGCCCAGGAGUUGGAGAACUUUGACACCAUGAAAACGAACACUGUCUCCAGAGAUGAAUUCAGGGCCAUCUGUACUCGGCAUGUCCAGGUUCUGACAGAUGAACAAUUCGACCGACUCUGGAAUGAGAUGCCAGUCAAUGCCAAGGGGCAGCUGAAAUGCCAGGACUUCCUGAGUAGCUUCAGCUCAGAAAAAGUGGGGACCCCACAGGCCAGCAUGGAUUCUACCCAUGUCCAGCGGGGAAGCAGCAUCCGGGAAGCCUCCUCCCAGAGAAGGUCUGCGAUGUCCUCACGAGACUUGAAAGCCAGGCCCUCUCAUCCCUGUACCCCCAGCACUGCCACCUCCCUGGGGAUCCAGCCUUUGCAGAACUGUGAGCCCAUAGAGAGCAAGCUCCGCAAGAAGAUCCAGGGCUGCUGGCGGGAGCUGCUGAAGGACUGUAAAGAGAGGGACACUGACAAGCAAGGGGAGAUCACCGCCGCUGACUUCCUGGCGCUUGUGGAGAAAUUCAGCCUGGACAUCAGUAAAGAGGAGUGUCAGCAGCUCCUUGUGAAGUAUGACUUGAGGAACAAUGGCAAGUUUUGUUACUGUGACUUCAUUCAGAGCUGUGUCCUCCUGCUCAAAUCGAAGGAGACCUCACUGAUGCAGAGAAUGAAGAUUCAGAAUGCAAAUAAGAUGACUGAGACAGGCCCAGAGACGUGUUCCUUCUAUUCUGCCCUGCUGCGGAUCCAGCCCCAGAUCGUGCACUGCUGGAGGCCCAUGCGUCGCACCUUCAAGAGCUACGACGAGGCUGGCUCGGGGUUCCUGAGCGUGGGGGACUUCAGGAAGGUCCUGCGGCAGUACAGCAUCAACCUCUCGGAAGAGGAGUUCUUCCACAUCCUGGAGUACUACGACAAGACGCUGUCCUCCAGGAUCUCCUACAACGACUUCCUCAGGGCCUUCCUCCAGUAGCCGCUCUGUGCCCAGCACACUGGGGCUCAGGUCUUGUGCUCCAGGACUAAUAAAACCAUACGGCAGGAGGGGUCACGAACUGUCCAGUGUCUCUAGAAGUGCCCCCCAUACGCACACACACACACCCCACGCCGAGCCCUGCAGGAUUCUGCCAGUGACUCUGCCCACGAGCCCAGGUCCGAUGCUGACCCUCCCUCUCUGAUCUCCAAGUGGCCCGAGGUCACCCCGCUGUGCGUCCGGCACCUCUCAGGCCUUAUUUUGAGCAAAUAAAAAUGUUUAAUUAAGCUUUGCAAGAA